AUGGAGGCCAACAAUGUCAAAAUCAUUCCAGAUGAGAACCUCUCUGGAGGAUCUGUCUUAGAUGCCUUUGAAGACCACUUUGAAGACCAGCUCCCUUGUACUGGGAAACAGACAGUGGGGCAGAUGAUUCCGGAGAGAAGAUUUGUAGAAGCAGUGAAUCGGCAACAUUUUCUGUAUGAGAUGGGUGACUUUCCAGCAGAAUGGGAAGCUUGGAUAAGAAAAAAAAGAAAUGAUCCACCCACCAUUGAGGAGAUUCUUAGGAAUGAAAGUUAUAGAGAAGAAAUGAAACAGAAAAUCAAAGAUGUAGCUGAAAAAGACAAGCUGCUUCAGGCCAAGGAAUACAAGGCAGGACUUGUUGCAGAACCAGUUCGUACUCAUGUGAAGGGCCACGCAUCAGCCCCCUACUAUGGAAAACAGGAGCCUUCUCAGGAUCCCACGAGCACUGCAAAUACUUUUCAGCCAGGUUCCUGGAUGCCGCCAGGCAGCAGCAGCAGUCAAAAUAAAUAAAGAAUUUAUUAAACUGAAGUACAGGUAUUGCCAAUGGAUAAAUA